GCUGCAGUUGUUAUAUUGUAAUUAUUAGCAGUGGAAAUAUAUUCAAACGCCUCGCUCAUUUUUUUCGCCAAUGGCGUGGAAGGUGUGUCCAAGGUAUUUUGGCUUUUUCUCUUUUUGUGGUCACGACUUGUUAACCCUAUCUGAUUUACAUCGAUAGUUGACGCGAAUGCUUCCUGUCGAAAAAAGAAGGCUUUCUGAUAUUAUAUUGGGGAUGAGAAAAGGAAUAAAACAGGGCUUGAUAUUUCAAAGAAUAUACAUAUCCUGUUAUACUGUAAGGAGUACAGAGAACAGUGGAAUGUCUGCUGUGUAAUGCUACAACACAUCUUGGACGCGUCCCCGUCUACGGAAUGCUUAUGACUUUACUAAGUUUCUUCAGCCUCGAGAUCUUAAUCUAUUGAUAUGUAAGUCAGAAGAUUUGGGUCUCUGGUCAAAGGAGAGUUAAAAUCGUGCUCAGGUGUAAGAUUUCGGCCAUCUGUUCCAGUAUUUUCGGAAAUAACGUCUUUGACAAUGCCAACGAUCUUGCUAUAGAAAACGGCCAUUCUAUUAACAUUAUAGGAACCAGCUGCCGGUAUCUUCCAGACUUUAUAGAAAUAAAUCCAUUUUAUUGCUGCCGUCUGGCUUCAGAAGUCUAAACUAUCUCUCAAACUGGAUAAUAAAUUUAUCAGAGGACUCUGUUUAAACGAAUUAUCUUUCAACAUAGCAAUAACUACAAAGAACAACAAAAUUAGAUAGAAGAAGAAGAAGAAGAAGAAGAAGAAGAAGAAGAAGAAGAAGAAGAAGAAGAAGAAGAAGAAGAAGAAGAAGAAGAAGAAGAAGAAGAAGAAGAAGAAGAAGAAGAAGAACAACAACAACAACAACAACAACAACAACAACAACAACAACAACAACAACAACAACAACAACAACAACAAUAACAACAACAUAUUAAUAAUGGCCGACAUUAAUACUGUGAAAGGGCUUUUUGUUCUGUCAGUUCUUGUAAACAUUUCUUUAUUAACAGGUAUUCUGACUCUGCUAGCUAUCGGUGACUACAGUGGUGAAGAGGACAGCCUAGAAGCGCUACACUGCAAUAAGAAACAGUCACCGGUUGACGAUGUAGGGCCGAAUAUGUUUGAACUGCGCUACAGAAAGCACAGAAUAUUCGAUUCUUUGAACGUCGAAGAGAUCGAAGCUGUUCAAAAAUACCUUUUUAGUCAGAAAUCUUUAAAUUUAGUCCAUCCCUCGAAAGCGAAAAUUACAGAUAAUUAUAUAUUUUUGAUGGAAUCACAAACACCUAAAAAAUUAAAAGUUCUCCGGUUUCUUGAUCACGUCGGCCCCGAGCCACCAAGACAAGCCAAAGUUAUCAUAAUGAAAGGCCAAGGAAGAUUACCAAUGGUAGAAGAAUAUAUCGUUGGGCCAUUACCGAAACCAAAAUAUCAUUACUUAAAUAAUAAAACUGCAAAGGAAAACCCUUUGCCGUUUAGAAUUAGGCCGUACAAUAACCCCGAAAUUGUGGCGCUUAUGUACGAAGUCCUUCCAGAAACCAUGUCAAGUCUCAACAAGGUAUUACAGGAUAUAUAUGGUGCACAACUGUCACCUCACGAAUGUGAAGAACUCUGCUUAACUUUCACAGCCGCUCCUGUUUCUACAUCGUUUGUCCGCGAACGAAAACUUUGGAUUCCGUUGUUUUAUAACUUGGAAUUCCCCACCCUUCAUCCAAUUGACUUUCAACUGCUAAUUAAUAUUAAUCAUAAAAAUAUCAAAGAUUGGAAAAUUGAGCAAAUCUGGCACUCGGGCAUCCUUUAUAAUUCUACAGAACACUUUCUAAAAACUUACAAACAGAAUAGUUUUCCUCGAAUGAGAGUGAACACAAAAAAACUACGUGAAAGUACUCGAGGUUAUCUUCAUUCCAGGGGUAAACUGUUCCCCAAUAAGCCAUCUACUGGACCACAACAAUUCGAAACCUCAAGUAAAAGAUAUAAAAUUGUGGGUAAUAAAGUGAUAUAUAUGAAAUGGUCGUUUGACUAUCGUGUUUCGGCAAUUCAGGGUCUUCAGCUCUUUGAUAUCAGAUUUGGUAACGAUAGAAUUGUGUAUGAAAUGAGUCUUCAAGAAAUGGCGGUGCUUUACAGUGGCUUUAACCCUUUCAUGAAAUAUAUGCACGUUGCCGAUACAGUUGAUCUACCAGGAAAAGGCUUCGGACUCGUUCCUGGAAUCGACUGUCCUCAUCAUGCGACUUUCUUAAAUGCAACGCAUGCUACCGAAGAAUUUGACCAAGCAAAAGUUUACCAAAAUGCAAUUUGUAUUUUUGAAUUCAACAAAGAUGCACCGUUCCGACGACACCAUUCCAACAACAUCCGAGGAGGAGUAUUCUAUUCCGGAUUGGUUAACAACGUUCUUAUUGUUAGAACUAUUUCAGUUGUCUACAAUUACGAUUAUAUAUUCGACUACAUAUUCUACCAAAACGGCGCCUUGGAAGUUAAAAUCUACUCCACGGGGUUCGUCUAUACAACAACUUUUUCCGAAGCUGAGAGACCUUAUGCUGUACCUGUCGAUGAAAACAUUGUCGCAAGCAUACAUGCACAUCUUUUCCAUUUCAAGGUGGACUUAGACAUUUUAGGAGAGAAAAACAGAUACGAAACUUGGGAUGUAAAAGUUGAAAAUAAAAGCAAUAUUUGGAGAAACAACUACGAAGAAUUCCACCAGUACUGGCUUGACCGGAAAUUGAAACGUACAGAGAAGGAAGCCAUCCACAAAUACAAUUUCAAUACGCCGAAAUAUCACACUAUUUUAAAUAAUGAUAAGACUAAUUAUCACGGUGUACCCAGAGGCUAUCGGAUACACAAUAGAGGAAUGGUAAAACAACUAUUGCCAGAGAAUUUUCACAUGGAAAGUUCGAUAUCAUGGUCACGUUAUCAGAUGGCAGUGACUCAGUUUAAAGACAGAGAAGAGAAAAGUAGUUCAAUCACAGCAUUGUUUGGAACCAAGAACCCGGCAGUCAAAUUUUCCGAUUUCUUGGAGGACGAUGACGACAUUGUUGACAUGGAUCUUGUGACAUGGUUAACUCUAGGAACUUACCACAUCCCACGAUCAGAAGAUCUCCCCAAUGUCCCCACACCAGAAACAGAACUCUCGUUUUUGUUGACACCAUUCAAUUAUUUCCCAGAAGACCCGUCCAUUAGUUCUCGUAAUGCAGUUCGGUUGACCCCUUCUAAAAAGAAGAGCGAGAAACUUAACGUGGAAACCUUUGGUACGCCGGAUCCUCCCAAAUGCGUUGCUCCAACUUUUUCUUUCAACUCAAUAAAAAGUUCCACGAUAUUCAACAGGUGAUGACAUUCCACAGAAUAAAUAAAUGACUACAUGAACAGAUAAACAAAUGGAUAAAUAUAUAAAUGAAUAAAUAUAUAAAUGAAUAAUUAAAUAAAUGAAUAAAUAAAAUAAAUAAACAAACAAUUGAACACUGAAGAAAUCAGGAAAAUGAAAGACAGAAACAAAAAGAAAAGCGAAGAAUUUGAUCAAAUAUAUUGCUACAAGUGUGUGUGCGUGUGUGUGUGUGUACGUGUGCGUGCGUGCGUAUGUGUGUGUAUGUGUCUGUGUAUGUGUGUGUGUGAAUGUGUCGAUAUUUUACUCACAUUUUGUUAGUUGUGGUAUGAUGUGACAUGGUUUAUAUAUAUAUAUACAUAUAUAUAUGUAUUGUAUAUAAGUAUGAAAGUAUAUGUAUUACACAUUUCUAUACCAAGAA